CUCGAAUGGCGUAGACUGCGCAUUCACGCAUGCAAUCCAAUCCGUCUCGGUCCGUCCACACCUCACGACACACACGAAACGAGCAAGCACACACACACAACACACCCCACAGAGACGUGUAAGGUAAGGGACAUCCAGGCUUCCGUCCGUGCACGCCACGCAGGCACACAAGGAUGGGAGGGGGGGAGGGAGGCAUCCCAUCCAUCGGAUAGAUAGAGCGAGGAAGUACGUAAUGUGCGAAGGAAGUUAGGUAGGGGCCCUGAGUGAGUGGCUGGGGAGGGAGCAAAUGCGUGUGUAAAUGGGACAACGACGCGUACACAGACAUACAUACACAGACAGACAGACAGUGAUAUAGAACGAACAAGCUUUGAUGGUAGGCAGGUAGGCGGGAUGGGGUGGGGUGGGUUGGGUGUGUGAUCAUGACAUGAGCGGGCCUCUCCUCUCUCCUCCCUCCUUCUCAGCCAGCCAGCCAAAUAUACAGUGUGGCGCAUGGAUGUUAUGUAUGUGUGGCGGUGUGAGUGAGGGAGGGACCCCUCGGCUGCAGGUAGGUGAUCCGAUCCGUCUCGCUAGCCUGUUGAUGGUCAGUCAACUCGCUGGCUGGCUCACCCACCGUCCAGACCAGACCAGACCAGCCAGAUCACCAUCAACAACCGAGAGGCCACCGACAGACAGACAGCCCAGAGAGAGUAAAAUCCAGACACAACAGAGAGAGAGAGAGAGAGAAUCAAAUGCUCGUUUCCACUCCACGUAUGCCGUAUCUAUCUGCGUGUGUGUGUGAUGUGAUGUGAUGUGAUGUGACACAUACGAUAGAGCUGUGCCGUGCCGUCUGGACAGCUAGCUGAGGUGGAGGUAUCUAUCGAUCGUAUCACCCCCUCACUCACUCAGUCACCCAACUCACCCCACCCACCGGUGAAUGACUGACUCAGUUACCACACAGCCAGUCAUUUGCCAGAGAGUAGGAAGGUAUCUAUAUCAGGCGGGCGCGGCGCGGCGCAUGUGGCAAAAAGGUUUGAUGGUUUGAUGGCUCUCUCUCUCUGUGCACCCAAGCCAACCCACCGUACGGCCAGGCCAGCUAUGUCGCUAGGCAGGAUGGGAUGGAUAGGCAGAAUAGAGAGAGUGAGUAGAGUGGGUGGGUGUCGCACCAGAUGGGACAUAUAGAUAGCGCCGCCAACACACACACAUAGACACACACGUACUCUUGAAACACCUCAUUCUUCGUUCCUUACACAGACAGACAGACAGACAGAAACCCCGCCCAGCAGCAGCAGCAGCAUGGAGACGGUAAGUAGAUAUCAAUGCAUCCCCCCUUCCGUCCCUCACUGCUCCCCCUCGUGUGAUGUGGUGGUCACGCCAUCAGCACCGUCAGCAGCAGCAGCAGCAUCAGCUGCUGCCUCACCCUCCUGCCGCUCAUCAAACGCCGCAUCGCCAUUCACCGGAUCGACCUCGCCCCCACCUGACAGGCCUGGGCCCUUGCUCUCCCCCUCAGUCGCCUCCGUCUGGGCUCCCACAGGCUGCUUGGCCGGCGACACGACCGGUGUUGUCUGCUGCUCAUGCGCGUCGACAGCUGUGGUGGUGUCCACGACUUGCUCGCUGCUGUCACCAUCUUGUUGAAGGACUGGCUCGGUCGAGCCGUCCGCUGCAGGUGCAGCUUCCUCCGCUGCCUCAUUUGGACCACCCGAGCCGUCCACCACCACUACUGCCCCCUCCUGCGUGUUGCUGGCGUCACUACUGCCGUUGUCCUGCUGGUCGGCAGUUUCCUCGAUGCGUGGCUCCUCGUUGUUUGGGGCUGCGGCAGACGAGUCCUCCUGUGUGCCUGCGGGGGCCUCGUUGUGGUCAGUCUGUCCGUUGCCGUGUUGGUGGUCGUUGACCUCCUCGGGGCCGUGGGCGUUCAUCUCCAGGACUGUACCGUCCGACGUCGAGGGGAGGCCAGUGGAGGUGGAAGCCUCCUGUGCGGGGGCGGGGGCGUCCUCGCCCUCUAUGGCCUCCAAAUAAUCGUCUGCAACCUCACCUGCCGGUGGCAAUGAUAGCAUAGCACAGCAACCAGCCGACAGACAGCAAAAUGUGGAUAUGAAAUGGAACAUUCUGACGUUUUCCGUCGUGUGUCUGCAUACCUGCCGUCUCCGCAGCCUCGCGCUCAUCAGCAACGAUCUGCAGACAACCGGGGGAAAGGGACAUUCAUGCACCGAUGCCUGUCUGCCUGCCUGGCCUGCCUGCUCACCGCAUCGUCAGCCACAGAGGCCGCCGUCUCGGCCAUGACGUGGGCCUCGUGAGUGGCGGCAAUAACGUCGUCGGCCACCUCACUGGCGGUCUCGGCAGCCUCACGCUCGUCAGCCAGGAUCUGAAUGGCAGGAUCACAUGUGGCAAAGGGCCCGACAGACCCUGUCUGCUCUGCGCGCCUUGCUCGCCCUCCUUAUCUCUCACUGACCGCAUCGUCGGCCACCUCGGACGCUGUUUCCGCCAUGACGUGGGCCUCGUGAGUGGCAGCAAGGAAGUCGUCCAUGACCUCCCCGGCCGCCUCCGCAGCCUCAUGCUCGUCAGCAACCAUCUGACAUGACAGGAAGGAGCAUGGAGGUUUUCCCCCCUGAGUGGUGCUUUGCUGGCCUACCGCAUCGUCAGCCACAGACGCCGCCACCUCCGCCAUGACGUGGGCCUCGUGUGUCGCAGCAAUAACGUCGUCCGCCACCUCACUGGCGGUCUCAGCAGCCUCACGCUCGUCAGCCAGGAUCUGAAUGUCAGGAAACCCUGGCUAUGAGCCCUCCUCUCUCCUCUCUCACUCACCGCAUCGUCUGCCACUUCACUGGCAGUUUCCGCCAUGACAUGGGCUUCGUGUGUCGCCGCCACGAAGUCGUCGGCCACCUCACUGGCGGUCUCGGCAGCCUCACGCUCGUCAGCCAGGAUCUGAAUGGCAGGAUCACAUGUGGCAAAGGACACGACAGACACCCUGUCUGCUCUGCGCGCCUUCCUUGCCCCCCUUCCUCUCACUGACCGCAUCGUCGGCGACCUCGGACGCUGUUUCCGCCAUGACGUGGGCCUCGUGAGUGGCGGCCACGACGUCGUCCACCACCUCACCUGUGAGAGAACCAAGGGAGGGACACACAUGUGAUGUGCAAAGUCUCUCUCCCCCGCAGGCAUGGCGUGGCUGUCUGUGUCGUUCUCACUGGCGGUCUCGGCGGCACGUCGAUCGGUCUCCUCGAGGUCUAGCUCGGCAUCGGCCACCUCCUCCGCCGUCUCGGCCGCCAGCUGACUCAUGCCCUCAGCCGCAUCCUCCGCUACAGACGCCGCUACCUCCGCAGCGUUGCGCGCCUCGACCGCAUCCAUGACGUCAGACACGAGCUUGGCCGCCACGUCCUCCAGGCCGUCUCCCUCUUGCACCUGUGGCUCCGUGGAUGACGGCUCAGCUGGAGACUCAGCCGCGGCUGGGGCCUCUUCCUCUCUGUCUUCUUUGGGCUCCUCCUCUGUUGGCUCCUCAGGUGCGCCCUCGCCCUCGCCCUCCUCUUGCUGCUCUUGCUGUGGCUGUGGCUGCUCUUGCUGCUCCUCGGUGGUGGGCUCUUCGGGCUGCUGUGGCUGCUCGGCAGGGAUGGCCUGCUCCGGUGGCUCGACGACGGUUGCGGUUGCGGCUGGGGCUGCUGCUGCGGCUGCUGCUGCUGCCAGAGGCGCCUCCUCUUCCUCUUUCUUGUGGUCCUGCUUCUCUUCCGUCUCCUCUGCGGCCUUGGGCUGCUCUCCUUCCUUCUCCUCAGCCUCAUACCUGGACGAACGGACCAAAAGCCAAAUGAAUGACCGAGUGAAGCUGGGUAGCUAUGUGACAGACGGUAUGGGGGGGUUUGGGGGGGUUGUAACGUAACGUACCAGACGUCAGUUUCCUGCUCGUCGGCCCGUGCUGCUGCCUCCUCGGUGGGCAACUGUGGCAUGGUCGGUGCGGUGACGCCGUUCUGCGACUGGGCGGUGCUGCCCUCGGGCGACUGCGCAUCUUCAAACUCACCCUCCUCGCCACGAGCGGGGGGCUCCUGAGAUAUAUAUGAGACGCAGACAGACAGAUACACACAACCAACACACGAGGCAUGUGUGUAUGUGGGUGGAUGGAUGGGCAGGAAGGCAAUCGAUAGUGAAUCAAUCGCUGGCUCCCUCCUCUCACCUCUGCAGGCGGCACGACGUUGAGGUCGGGGAUCGCCCGCUCCCCUUGACCCUCUCCCUCUCCCUCCCCUUCUCCCACGAUCUCCUCUUCGUCCUCCUCCUCUGCCUCCUCCUCGUCCUCUUCCUCCUCCUCGCCGACAUCCCGGAUGAGCCCCCUGGCCUUGUCCUCGAUGCUCUUGACCCACCGCUCCUGCAGCUCCGGUGUGGGCGCCGUGGCCGCCGCCGACACCGCCCACAGCAGGUUGGACUCAGCCAGUGUGUUCCACAUCAUCAGAUUCAGCUCGUCAAUCGAGUGUGUCAUGCCGUGGUCUGACACACACAUAGGCAGUCAGUCAGACACACACAGAUCAGAUGGCAUGGCAUGGAGAGUUUCUCGUGGUUGGUGCGAGAGUGGAGUGAGCCAGCGUACCCUCAGCGAACUUCUGAGAGUUGGCGAGCGGGUCAUCGCCCUGUUCAGGGAGGGGAGGGAGGGAGGGAAGACACAUACAUUGAUGGUGUGUGUGGUGUUCGCCCGUGUGUUUUGAUCGGUGGCUUACUUUGCAGAAUUCCAUGGUGGUGCUGGUCUCUGGACUGUGUUUGCCGCACUCGAUGGUGAACAUCAUGACCACAUUGCGCUCCUGCGGCCCGACCUCCUCCUCCUCACCCUCUCCAACACCCUUCUCGCCAUCUGACCAAGCAACAUAGCACAGCACAGCACAGGUGGGGACUCAUCUGCAGGGCGUCUUGGUUGUUGUGUGUGGUCCAAUCAGGCGUCUGUCUCACCGACCUUCCAGGGCGUCAGCCGAUCCCUUGUCGGCCUCCCCCUUGGCCCCUGCCUUGACCGGACGGUAUUCCAUCAAAUUGUCACGGCUGCCCCCUCCCCGGCCGCGACGCUGUCGCCCCUCGCGCCUCCCUCGACCUUUGCCGCCCCUCUCCUUGGAACCACCAGCACCUGCAGGGGCCGGUGGUGGCGCACCUGCUGCUGCAGCACUGGCGCUGCCCGCAGCAGCAGCUGCUGCCACUGCGGUGGCUGCAGCGGCCCCAGCCUUCGGUUUGGCCGACCAGAUGGUGAUUGUCCGUCCCUUGGCGCCACCACCACCUCCGCCCAGCUGUUGCUGCUGCUGGGCCUGUGGCUGUGGCUGUGGCUGUGGCUGUGGCUGUGGCUGCUGUUGUUGCUGCUGUGUAGUGGUGGUGACGGUGGCGCUGCUGUCCUGCUUGCUGACUUCGCCCUUCUUGCUGCUCCUGCGGCGGCCGCGGCGGCCGCUCUUACCCGUCGCCGCAUUCGCAUUGGCGGCCGUUGGUGGCUGGCCCUCAGUGGGACCAUCCUGCUGCUGGCCGGCGGCGGCUGCAGCUGCAGCUGCAGGUGGCUCGGCGUUGGCAGAGAGAGCGACGGCCUCGGUGGCGGCUUGAAGGUCGGCGGGGGUGGGUGCGCGGGAGGAGUUGGGGGAGCUGUCGUCAUCGUACGCGUGCCACGCCUGCAGUCCAGUCAGUCCAGGACAGACAGACAGACACAGACAUUGACGUAAUGUCGUGGCGUCUCAUGUGGGUGCAGUGCAGUGCAUGGGCUGGAUCGGAUCGGAUCAGUGUGCCUGCCGAAUGAAAAUCUCUAUCGCAUUGCACGCACCUUAGGGCUCUUGAAGGAUGGCGUGACCUUCUUCUCGGCCGUUGCGGCGCCAGGCAGCCGCACCUGGCUGCCGUUCAGCUGCCCCACACCACCUGCAGCAGCAGCCGGGCCACUGGCCGAUGACGAUGCACCAGCAGCAGCGGCUGCUGCGGGCUGUCCCUGCUGCUGCUGCUGUCUUGUCGUUUGGUGCUCUUUUGAUGGCUCGUAUCGCUGGACGCCUCGGCCACGGCGGUCGGUUUCCUUGGCCCGGCCGCCCUUGGGCUCACGGCCACCACGGCUAGGAGGAGCUGAGCAGGCAAGGACAGGACGGACACACACAUGGAUGGGAUGACAGACAAGAAUGUGUUUGUGUUUCCUUCUCUCUCUCUGCUUAGAGAGCUCACCUUCUUUGGGCUUCGGAGCAGCUUGCUGCUGCUGCUGCUGCUGCUGUGACACGACAAUUUCCUCUGCAGGCCUGCUUGCACUCUCAAUGACGUCCCGGUCCCUGCCACGGCCCCUCCCUCCUCUGCCGCGACCUCCUCGCCCACCACCACCGCCCACUGGAUAAUGCCCACCAUCAUCCUGCCCGUCGUCGUAGUCAUGAACUCGCUGCUGCUGCUGCUGCUGGUGACGAUCGCCCCCUCCACCAGCAGCCGUGGCCAGCCCUCGGCCACGACCGCCGCUGCCACCACCUCGCCCGCCUCUUCCGUAGUCAUGAUCAACGCGGCCUCCGCCCCGCUGCCCGCCUGCACCGCGUCUGUUGCCCAACCCCCCUCUGCCCAUCAUGUGCUCUGGGUAGUCGUGAUACGUGUCGUACUGGUUGGGCGGGGGGUUGGGCGGCACUGGAGGGGCCGGGAAGGGGUGGAAUGAUGGCGAAGACGGCUGCUGCUUGGCCAUGCCAUGGCUUGGUCCGGUGCGACGGUGGUCGCUUCCCGACUGGCGCACGCCGAUGUCCAUGAGCUGCUGCUGCACGUUGGGCGGAUGUCGGGUGUCGCUGCGGGGAGGGGCGUUGGCGCGAUUCAGAAUGCGCGGGCCGCCCUGGUCCUGCUGGUCGUAGGUGUCGUAGAACGGACGGCCUCCUCGGUGGCCACCGGGGCCGCCGUAUGACGAAUCUGAACGUGAGCCAGACACACACCAACCCACAAACAACAGCAUGGCAUGCAAGACGGACCCACUGACUGUCUCUGUCUGUCGCGUCUGCCUCAAGGUUUUGUCUCUCCCCUCCCCUACCCAUGGUUCUGUUUCGGUUGCGGGCGCGUGCAGCGGCGUUGGUCUCCCACUCGGCCUCGAGGUCGGUCUGGAACUUUGCACCCGGCAUGUCGGGCGGGGCCCGAUGCUGCGGCGCUGAUGGAGGGUUCGGUGGCGCCACGGGCGGCGCGGGACGGCCGCCACGGUACGGCUGUCGGUCCCCGCCCGAGUCCCAGCGGCUGUCGUUGCGCUGGUUGUAGUAGUUGUCGGGGUUGGUGGCGUAGGCGGGUCGGAUGAUGGUGGGAGGAGGGUGGGGGGAGGGAGUCGGGCCGGUGGGCGACCGUUCGUACGCCGGCUGGAUGAUCUGGGGUGGGGGAAACGUCUGCUGCUGACGCAUGCCGCCUCCACCACCACCAGCACAAGCACCAGCAGCACCCCGUCCACCUCCGCGAGGACUAUCGCGCCGCCACGAGUCGUGUUGUUGGUCUGUCUGCUGGGACCAGCCACUUCUGUCUGUGUCGCGUCCGCCGCCUCCUCCUCCUCUCAUGUGGCUGGGCGGUGGGGGUGGCGGGACGUUCGGGGGUGGGAAGGGGGGAGGGUGGUCCGGGGGCGAUGAGGGAAUGUGCUCGCGGCCGCCGGCACGGACCGCAGGAGGGAUGUACCGGGGCUGCUCGGGACGCUUCGGGCGGUCGUCGCGGUCAAGACGCUGCACACAUACACACGUACGAGACAGACGGGGGACAGCCAGUUGUCUAUGUGUCUGUCUUUUCUGCCUGUCUGUCUGUGUUGCUGCCCUGCCUGUGUGGUAUGGUGUUGUGUUGUGUUGUGUUGUUUGUACGUCGUGUGCGUUAUUCUGUCUGCCCUGUGCGGCGUUCAUCAUUUGGUCGGCGUACAUGCCCCGGCUGUUGACGUGCACAUUGCGGUCCGACCCCUGCCCGUAGUCCGGCGAUGGGGAGGGCCGGUCCUCGUACCGAUCCUGACGGUAUGAGGGGCCUCCACGGUCCUCGCGGUCAUAGUCCCGACUGUCGCGACCAUACCGGGUGGCACUGCCAGUGGCCGUAUGUCUGUCCUCCUGCAGCAGACACACACAGAGAGGACGCCACACCACACCACACAGCAUGCAGGUGCAGUGAGUGCAUGUGCAGGUGAUGAGUGCGCGUGUGGUCUGGUGUGGUGCAGUGCAUGCCUGUUUGGGACGGCGCCAGUCGUCAUCUUGGCGUCGCCAGUCGUCAUUGCGGUCGUUGCGACGCCAGUCGUCCUGCUGGUGGCCGUACCCACCCCCUCGGUAGCGGGACAUGGCUGCUAUUACUGAUGGAUGACUCCCUUCCACGAGACAGCGCCGCUCAGCCCCGGCGAUCGAUUUCCCUCUACCGUCGCACUGUCUUCCGCACACCAGACGGGCGAUGGAUGCCCUCACACACCGAUGGAACACUCAGCCACGCAGCGCAGCCACGACAAACGACAGUGGUGCCGGUGGCAAGAGCUACGCGAGGGACGUCAGAAGGCCGCAGAGACCGCCUCACUGAGGCGAGAUGGGAGCUGGUGUUGGUGCGUGAGCCGCCGGGCAGGGAAGGGAUGCCGUCUGGUCACUGGAAAAAGUCAGCUCGCUCACCACAGAUCUUAAAACAGCACACCGCUCACAAAGCAACGCCGCAUCGCAUGCGCA